CAUGACCUAGUUAGGACAAAGAUGGAUUCCAGUCAGAGGAGAAAAAAGGUUCAAAAUGUCAAAGGGAUAACAUCCAGUAUUUUAUCUUCCUUCUUCUCAAUCCUGUCAAUGAGGAAUCAUUGUAAUUUAUCAUAGUCCAUAAAGAGAUGAGGAAAUCAAGUAUAAAGAUCCCUUUGGAACAAAGGAAACCCAUAUUGGCCAUUGAGUCCCAUUUCAGGAAAAUGGCUGCUGAGAGCGCGCUCAGCCCCCUCUCUCUGCUCUCUGUUGAAGGAUUCCUCAGCCGUGCCUCUAAUAGCAGAAGCUAAAAUGGUGCUUUGCUCUGAUUGGCCAGUAGAACUGAUACUGUUAACCAGCCAAUUGCCCAAGCACUGCAAAAUGUCAAGCAAUGGAUGGCACGUAUCUUCAUUCGACUAACACAAAGCUUAAGUAGAAAAUUUAACAGAUUAAUAAUGCAAAACAUGUGUCGGGUAAAUAUGGUAAUGUGCCAUUUUAAAGAGAAAUCAUGGGUUUAAAAUGUCCCCACAUUUGGCAUUUGUACUACAGACAAGUAUCCUGACUAUAGGUUAUAGGUUAUGUGGUAGACGUCGUCAGUCUAUAGCCUUAAAAUGUAUUUGAGGGAUGUUUUAUUGAUGGAAUCAAGUGUAAACAGACUAAACAUUGUUCCUGAGAAGUUGUCCACAAUGACAGAUCUAGAGUCAGGUUUUUUUUAUCAUAAGGAUCACCCUUUCGAUCAGGACUUAAAACGUAGUACUGAUCCGAGAUCUGUGCUUAGACCGAACUUCCAUCGACCUCCUAUGCCCAUCUUGUUUGCCGUCUGAGUAAAUGUAGGCGGUAGAUUCAACACUUAUUUAAUGCUCAAUGUGCGACCAAAUGAGCCACUUUAAUAUCACUUUUAAAAUACAACGAUAUAUUGAAUUAUUGAUGUGUUUGUUUAAAAUGUAUAAUGAUAUUCUAAAAUGUACGCAUAUGUAAAGAACCUCGAAUAUAUAAAAAUAAAAAUAAAAGUCGAAGCGAAAGUGCGAAUGAUAUGAGGGGUAGCGAAGCUCAAUAGUGGUGUAUUGUGGGAGAGACAGAAACCCCAGACUGGAGGCACAAUAUGUGUUGGCUCGCAAAAAGGAGGCAGUAUCCUUUAAAUCAUGUAAUGUAAUCAGUGAGAGGUAAACGAUCUCGCCGUUUGAUUAUUAAAAUUACGUUCGAUCGGACAAAUCAUGUCCAAGCCAGGGGAAAGAAACAGGCUAAACGAAGACCAUGGCAGAAAGCAGAGUUCAAGUUUGCCGAACGGCAUGGAGAACCACCAUCCCGUUUGCAGUUCGGGGGAGAAACGAAGUCACCAUUGGAGAAGUUACAAGUUGAUUAUUGACCCAGCGCUGAAAAGGGGAUCGCACAAACUGUAUCGCUACGAUGGAACGACAUUUAACAUACCCAACCCUGGGAUGCCACCAGUGGAUAUCGUCCGAGACCCGAGAAUCGGUCGUCUCUGGACGAAGUAUAAGGAGACCGAUCUCCCAGUUCCGAAGUUUAAGAUUGAUGAAUGUUACAUCGGCCGUGUGCCUCCCAAGGAGGUGACAUUUGCUAAGCUGAACGAUAAUAUCAGAGAAGGUUUUUUGACUGACAUGUGCAAAAAAUUUGGGGACAUAGAAGAGGUGGAAAUUCUGUACAAUCCGAAGAACAAAAAGCAUUUGGGAAUAGCCAAAGUGGUUUUUGGAACUGUAAAAUCGGCCAAGGAUGCUGUCCAGACUCUACACAACACAUCUGUCAUGGGCAACUUCAUCCACGUUGAGCUGGAUCCGAAAGGUGAGAAUCGGCUUAGGUACUUCCAGCUACUGUUGAAUGGGACAUUCACCCCCCGGACCCUUCCAGUGGGAGGAGAGGAUACCAGGGAAUUGUCCCCUCAUAGCCUGGCUAAGGCUCUUAUGGCCUGUGAACCCCUGCGGCGGCUCUCCGAGAGCAGCUCAUCCGUAGCGGUGGGAGGGACGGUGACCCCGAGCAGCACCGGCACCAACACCACCCCCCUGUCCCAGGAAACGGCCUACUCCAGCCUGCGACAGGACACACCGCAGUCCCAGGGCACGCCUCGGCAGAGCGGCACCCCGUUCUCUCAGGACUCCAACUACUCCAGCCGGCAGUCCACGCCAGCCUACCAGUCCAGCCGGGCCGAAGGCUCCGGGGGUUUCAAGUCUCGGAGACAUGAGAGCAAGUUCCAGGACGCAUACAACCGGAGGCCGGAGAGACGCUACGUCCAUGGCAGUGGGGGGUCAGGGUCCUACCGAGGCAACUCUGAACCGACCGCCUUCAAGCCACACCAGCCCGCUCCUCCCGAACCCCCUCCGGCCGCCGCAUCCUUUGCUCACACCCCUCCUCCACCAACCAGUGCUGGCUUCACAUCUGCGUUUUCCCCUUAUCAGCAGCCCCCUGUGCCCCCUGCUUUCCCCCCCUCCGAGCCUCCGUUCCAGCAGCCUCCCCAGCGGCGGCCCCCCCAGCCCCCCCCGGCCCCUGCCACCGAUGUCAUACCGGUCAAGGACAAGCCAGGCACUCCCCCCGUUCCAGAACCGCCACCUGAACCCAAGGCCCCCCCCAGCACGCCCCCUGGCCGUACCCCGGAUCACUGCCCCCCCUCCCCUGGGACACCCACCCUGGAGUCAGAGCGAAAUAGCCUGGAUUCCCGUAUUGAGAUGCUCCUGAAGGAGAAAAGGACAAAGCUUCCUUUCCUCCCCGGAGGCGACUCAUCGGACACUGAGGUGCGUAUGGACGGGAGCCCCAUCUCGUCCUCUUCGUCCCAGCUCUCGCCCAUUCCUCCUUUCGGGGGCGUCCACACCUCUCGGCCCCCCAGCACGGGCUUGGAGGAUGUCAGCCCCACUCCCCUGCCUGACUCGGACGACGAGGAGCCCGUCCCUGGAACAGGCCUGCUCAUCAAGAGGCUCGGCUCUCCAGUCCCGAUCCCCGGGAAGAACGCCAGUGACCUGAAGGAUGGUCACCUUGGAAACCAUACUCCAACAGAAAAGGUGGAGAGCCAUCAGUCCUCUGGGGAGGAUAUGGAGAUCUCGGACGAGGAAGACGUACCCGGCACACCGACGCACAGCGGCGACUGUGCCAAGGGCAUCGUGGUCAACUCGGCCGUGUCGCCCAUGCAGCCCAUCCCCCUCCCGCCCCCCGGCUUCCCCCCUCUACCUCCUCAGGCCGGCUUCGGCCUCCCCCACCAUCUCUCCGCCGUCCCAGGCCCGCACCCUCACCUGGCGCCAGGAGGGCCUCACCCCAUGCUGCCCCACCUCUACCCACCUGGCAUGGUGCCCAUGAUGCAGAUGGAGCUGAUGAGUUGCCUGCCUCAAUGGGGCAGCGUUCACAUGUCCUUCCAGAUGCAGACCCAGAUGCUGAGUCGAAUGGCCCAGACCCGCGGGCCCUACCCCUACCCGCACUUCAUGACCGCGGGAGGGGCGGCCGCAGCCGGGUCGGCUGCCAUGCAGUUCGGGGGUCCCUACCCGCCCUUGUCGAUGAGCAGCACCCCGGCUGCCAGCGCGGGAGGCCACGCCCAGCAGCCCUGGCCCCACCCCUCCCUGCCUAAGUUCAACCCUGCCGUCCCCCCGCCGGGCUACGAGGUGAAGAAGGAGGACCCUCACAAGGCCACCGUGGAAGGGGUGCUGUUGGUCAUCGUUAAGGAGCUGAAGGCCAUCAUGAAGAGGGACCUGAACCGCAAGAUGGUGGAGGUGGUGGCCUUCCGGGCCUUUGACGAGUGGUGGGACAAGAAGGAACACUCCGCCAAGGCGUCCCUGACCCCAGUGAAGACCGGUGAGGGGAAGGAGGAGGAGAAGGAGAAGCCCAAACCCAAAGAGACCUUGGGCUCCAGUCUCCUGGAAAACUGGAACAAGGGAGAAGGCCUCGGCUAUGAGGGCAUGGGCCUGGGCAUCGGCCUACGAGGAGCCAUCCGCCUUCCCUCCUUCAAGGUGAAGAGGAAGGACCCUCCUGAAGCCACCUCCACCGGAGACACUAAGCGAGCCCGGCCCUCGACCCCCGUGGACGAUGAGCUGGAGGACAUAGCGGAGCUUCCCGAGGAUGACUCCAGGGUGGACGAGGACAGCGCGGCAUCGCGGAGGCGACACUCCCGGCCGCUGGAGCUGGACAGUGAGGGAGAGGAGGAAGUGGAGACCUCCGAGAAGGAGGAGUCCCUGUCCGACAGGGAGGAGGAGCCUGAUGAGACAGAAGCCUCUGAGAGGUUGUCGUCUAGCAAGGACAGUGGAGACGAAGAGGAUGAUGAGGAAGAAGACGAGGCAGCUUCAUCCAGUGAUGGUGAAUCAUCAGAGUCGUCUGAUGAGGACGUUGCCAGUUCAGCAUCUUCUAAAGCAAACUCUGACUCCUCUGCGAGCGGGGACUCCUCCGAUUAUGAAUCCUCUUCGGAGGAAGAAGAGGAGGAGGAGGAAGAGGAGGCAGUCGAUGUGGAGAGCCUAGCUGAUAAAGAUGAGAACCGGGUUCAGACCUCUUCGUCCUCCUCAUCCUCCUCAUCCUCCUCGUCUGAGGACGAGGCAGAGCCCAAGGCCCCCAGCACGCCCCUAGGCCCUCCCCCAGACGAUGAGCCCUCAGAGCUGUCUGGUGUGGAGGACCACAGUCCCAGGGAGGGGCUGAAGCCCAACCACAGAGCCCUCAUGGAGGAGGAGGCAGUGGAGCCUGGCCUGUCCAGCCUGGAGGACCUCCGGCCCCCUUCCCCCAAAGGAGUCCCAGCCGACGAACCGGAUAUUUACCUGGAAGUCGUCGUCCCCAUAUUGAAAACGGAGCCGGAUGAUGUCACCAACCUGCGGCCGCCCACUCCGACAGGCUCCCUGGCUGACAGCGACCAGGAUGCCCAACCAAAGGCCCACCUGGAAGACCUGCCAUGUACGCCAGGUAGAGGGGCUCCCGCGUCCCUGGAGCCCGACACAGCCCUACUUCGAUCCCUAGCCGUCCCUCUGACACACCUACCUCUUCCCCCUACUUCCGGCGCGGGGUGCCACGCCCUACUUCUCCCGCCCCCCGGCCCUCUGCCGGAUCUCCACUUCAGGGCCAGGUUAUCCACGGACGAGGAUUUGCCCCGGACCCCGGGUAGAGACCUUAUGGACAGGACCAGGAGCCUGGGCAAGUCCCAGAGCAGCACAGACACAGUGCCCAUCACGCCAGGCGGCGAAGCUCCCCUGACCGGAAGCAGCCUGGCUAGCCUCAGCUCCCCCCACAUCUCCGGCAGCCCUUUCUCUUACCCCGCCCAGUCCCCCAACCUGAGUGCAGGCAUCCCCCGAACCCCGGGCAGAGAUCUGACCUUCACCCCUGUCUUCCCAGACCCCAACGCCAUGGCCCCCGGGCUGCCCCUGCACCGGAAAGAAAGCCCGCUGUUCAAAGAGCCUCCUCUCGGCAUCCCGGCCAGCCAGACCCCGGCCUUUGGCGCCCUCCAGGGAGAGGCCUUGACCAGCGUGCCGAAAGACCUGCCAGCUGUCCCCGCCGUGGACCUCCCUGUGCCCCCUGAUGUGACACCCCCCAAGAGAAAGCCCGGUCGACCUAAGAGUAAAAAGGCUUUGGCGGCACUCGCUUCACCGAAAACGGAGUCCAUGGAGCUCUUGGUGACCCCCGCCAUCAUGCCGCCCUCACUGCCCCAGGACGCUCAUCUCACGGAGCUUUCCGCCAACAUGGCUGCUGCGGCCACCUUCCCCGACAUCCCCAGCCGCUCCGGCCUGGACUCCUCCGUGCUGGGCCUGGAUCUCCGGGAAGGAGAAAUGGAGCCCAAUACAGUUCUCCCGCCCGACGACCGCUGCCUCCGCUACGACGACGAGGAGUCCAUUCAGAAGCCACCGCGGAAGGCGCGGCGAGGUUGGGAGGAGCUGCUGCUGGCCAGCCACUCGCCUGUAACCACGCCACCGCGGCUCCACUACCACCCACGCUCGGAGUUUGAGGAGAUGACCAUCCUGUACGACAUAUGGAACGACGGGAUCGAUGAGGAGGACAUUCGGCAUCUGCAGGUCACCUACGACAAGAUGCUGCAGCAAGACAACGGAAACGACUGGCUGAACGACACUCUGUGGGUCCAACACCCUCCUACCAACAUCCCGGCGGUGAAGAGGAAGAAGAGGGACGAUGGCAUGAGGGAUCACAUGACUGGCUGUGCCCGUAGCGAGGGCUACUACAAGAUCGACAAGAAGGACAAGAUCAAAUACCUAAACAGCAACCGGCACCUGCUGGAGGAGGGGCCUGUUGACAUGCAGGGCAUGAGUAUUCCCGCUCAGCCUCUGGUCUCCACCAGAGCUGGCUCUGAGCGCCGCUCUGAGCAGCGCCGCCUGCUGUCCUCUUUCAGCUGUGACAGUGACCUGCUCAAGUUCAACCAACUGAAGUUCCGUAAGAAGAAGAUCCGGUUCUGCAAGUCGCACAUCCAUGACUGGGGCCUGUUUGCUAUGGAGCCAAUUGCUGCUGAUGAGAUGGUGAUUGAGUACGUGGGACAGAACAUCAGACAGGUGAUUGCCGACAUGAGGGAGAAGCGCUAUGAGGACGAGGGCAUCGGAAGCAGCUACAUGUUCCGGGUGGACCAUGACACCAUCAUAGAUGCCACAAAGUGUGGAAACUUCGCUCGCUUCAUCAACCACAGCUGCAAUCCCAACUGCUACGCUAAGGUGAUCACAGUGGAGGCCCAAAAGAAGAUUGUUAUUUACUCCAGACAACCCAUCAACGUCAAUGAAGAGAUCACCUAUGACUACAAGUUCCCCAUCGAGGAUGAGAAAAUCCCCUGCUUGUGUGGGGCAGAGAACUGUAGGGGAACGUUGAACUAAAGUUUGCCCCCCCCCCCCCGGAAAACUACUAGCACUGUCUCAACAACAGUUGUCCCCAUACCCUGGUGUCAAACAACAAAAAGCCAUGCCAAAAACACGAGCACAGAAGAGUGGGAAAAGCAGGGGAUGAAACCAACACAUCGCCGGGAUACAGUGCAGCUAACUAUUUGGGACUCUUUUUAUACAUGCAGAUAUUUACUCAAGAUUGUUUACGAUUCCAGGUGCUCUUUAAAACAUGGGUUUUCUACUCCUCCAGUGACCCUUGCAUUUCCACAACAUGGUACCAUCUUGCUUCCUGGUGCAGCACUCUUCAUUGUCCCUCUUCCAUUAAGCUUGGUUUAUCACAGCUCUGGUCUUGAUUUGAACACUUAAACUACUCCCCUGGUUCUCAUAAGCUUUCUAGAGACAAUAUGUAGUGCAUAGCCCUCAUUAUAAUUCUACAGACAGACACACACUCACACGUUGGUUUUACUAACAAAAUACGGUCCACCUAUUUAGUAUCACUGAAUGAACACUUACCCUAACCUUAACCUCAAUGACCUAACCCUAAAUUAACCUUACCCUGACUCCUAAACCUACCACUCUAUGCCUAAGCUUAACCCUAAUUCUGAACCUAUUUCUAACCCUAACUAACCCUAAUCCCUAAACUAAACCCCAAGUCAGAUAAAGCUUGGCAAAGUGGGGACUGGACAAAUGUCCUCGCUUUGCAUGAUUUUCCUUAUUUUACUAUCGUAGUUAGGCACUAAAGUAGUAGAACAGGAACACACACACACACACUUCUAGCUGCUCAUUUAUACUGUUCACACGCACAAUUAAAACACUUGUAUCUGUGGGAGGGACACAUACUCCCUAAUGGGAGAUGGCACUGUUCUCACCAGGUGGUGGUUGUAAUGACACAGAGAGGAUGUAGAUUUGGACUCCUGAGAGCAGGGAAGUCUUCACUAGCUAAAGCCCCCCCCCCCCCACACAUGUUUUAAAAGAAAUGCAGAGUGGAUAUGAAAUGAAAGCUACAAAAUGGUUCGUUCAAUCAUUUCUAGAGAUGAAUCCUCACCUCCCCAUACCAGCAAACUGUAUGUAUGCUGCUGUCUUAUUUUAUGCAAAGUCAAGGAAUCCAUUUUCAGAGAUUCACACAUGGUAUUACGGCUCCCCCAGAAGUGUUCCCAUCCUUUCAGUUGUCCUUUAGAAGUGAUCCCUCUUGCUGCGUUGUCUUCCCUCAAAACACUGUUCAAGUGUUUGUGCAGGUGUGAAUGUGAGAAAGGGGGGGGGGGGAAUGAGUGAUUGUGCUGCCCUCUGUAGGACAUACUGUAGAAAUGGUGAUUGGGGAAAGAACGCAAGAUGGGUACCUUUCACAGUAAUUAAAAUGUAUACCUUUACACCAAAUUCUAGUGUAGUAUAGUGUUUCCAAAAGUGACCCUAGGCUCAUAAUUCAUUCCACGACAAAAUUAUUUCACCGUACGUUGAGACAGUGCUAAUUGAAGAAUGCAGACUUGAAAUGUUUCGACUUCACAAUGCCUUUUCACCACACACCGUGAUAUCCUUUCAAUGUCAGGUGGCUGGUUCUGGUUGUAGAAGGGAUACACAAGUGAUUUACCAUUCAAGACUGUUAAAAAAAAAAAGAAGUUCUGAUCAGUACAGCUGAUAGGCAAUUUGCAAUCCAGACUCUAGUAUUAUGAGGUUUAGGUUAUCCAGUGCUGUCUGGAAACCAACCAACUGCCCCUUGCAUUUCCAGUGUUUGCUGUUGCACACAAGCACAGAAACACCCUGACGGGGCAACAGUGUUUCUGAAAGCUGUCGCUUGCAGCCGUGUUCAUGCGCACUAUCGCACUGUCCUCCUUUAGUCUGUGUGAAUGUUUGUAUUGUAUGACAUGAAUGCUCGUGGUGUACAGUGUUGUUCCGCUUCACUGUCCGGUGGCGUUUUGGGAAUCCCUGGUUUAGGUGUUUUCUCCCCCCCCACGGUGCUUGUUUAGCUUUGACAUGAUGGGGUCCUGUUAAUACUGUUAGCGCAGUAUUCUACUCACCGUACAGAAGUGUAUUUCAGUCUAAUAACUUGACAGACCUCACGCUAUUCUCACCGCCACACUAAGAAUCCAUUCAUUCAGUUUCAUGGAUCAUUGCUGUUUGUGAAUGCACUAGAGGCUUGCACUUCUGCUUACCUUCCUACCCAAUUAGAACUCUGAAGACCAAGUCAUUCCUUGCUUCUCGUUCAGUUGGACAGCUCACACAGUAGGAGUCUUUUUUUUUUUUUUUUUUUUUUUAAAACAACUGAUGUUUAUAUUGUACAGGAUCAUUGUAUAGAAGACUGUAAGCUUUUUUUUUUUAAUUGUCACGGGGAAUACUUAAAAUGAUGCAUCUUUCCUUUUAACAAAAAAGACUAUUUAAAGUGGUAUUUUCAGGGAUCAGUGAAAACAAAAAGGAAUCUGUAAAAAAUACAAAUAAGUGUUGAAUUGUUUAUUUAAGGCAAAGGUGCAUCUUGUACAGAAAAAAAAUCUUCCCUUUGAAAGAUUGUUUCUUGUAGAAACUUCUUCAUUUUCUGCCCAUUUCCUUUGUAAUCUUAAAAUGUGUAAAUACUUUAUCUGUGAAUAUAUAUAUUUUUGUUUCUUGGGAUUUGCUACAGAGAUACAGCUCGGAGAUCUAUGGAUCAGAUAAAGCUGAUGAACGUGGAGCUGGUGGCAGUAUUGUCGGCUUGUGUCAAGCUUUCUUUUUAUUUUCUGUUGUAAAUUCUAUGAAAUCUUGUUUGCAGUGUGGAGAAAGGAAAAAAAAAAAAAA